AUGGACAACCCUUGGGUAAUCGAGUUGGCGAGGCAUUGUGGAACUCAGCCAUCGGGGCUUGAGAAUGAAGAACCGAAGAGCAGGAGAGGACCAAUAGUCAUCGGGUUUCAAGUCGGGGCAAAAAGACCUAGAUAUGCCCAGAAAGGAGCUCGGAGGACUUCCCACACCCCAGAAGAGGACCUUUUCAUUGCACCAACUCGGCACAACUUGGCACACUACACGCAGCAGCAGCAUCUUGGCGCAGAGAAGAAGAAGAUGGAGAAAGAAUUAUUUGUUCUCUUUUUGUUUCAAAAUUUUUCUGAGGAGUCUGUUAAAUUGCGCCUUUUUCCCUUCUCACUGAAAGAUAAAGCAAAGGCAUGGUUAAAUUCUCUACCUUCUGGCUCAAUCACUUCAUGGGACAUCCUCGUUAAAAAGUUUCUUUCAAAAUUCUUUUCAAUGUCAAGAACAACUACUCUAAGGAGGGAGAUUACUGAUUUUUGUCAAGAAGAACAUGAAAAAUUUUAUGAGAGUUGGGAGAGAUUUAAAGAUCUUAUUUUAAAGUGCCCCCCUCAUGGUUAUGAAAUAUGGAGACUAGUUCAAUUUUUUUAUAACGGUUUAACUCAGUCGAACAGCAAUAUGCUUGAGUCAAUGAACGGGGGUGGUUUUCUAAAUCUUAGGGGCGAUGUAGCGUAUGAAUUUCUUGAAAAUUUGUCUGAGAGCUCUCAACAGUGGAAUUUUACUUCUCAUAGAGACAAACAAUCUUCUACACCUAAGAGAGAGGGAUUAUAUGAGGUGAAAGAAGAUUCAGACAUGAAAAUAAAGUUAGAUAAUCUUACUCGAAAGGUUGAGGCGUUAGUUUUAAGUAAAACUAUGGAGUCAGCCAAUCAAGUUCAAAGUGAGGGGUGUUCUCUUUGCGAUAGUCACAUGCACACAAAACAAACAUGUUCUUCCAUUAAUGGAUAUUCUGACAGCUAUGUUGAACAAGCGAACGCACUUAAUAAUUAUGGAAAAUCAUUUGCUAGUCCUUUUUCCGAAACAUACAACCAAAAUUGGCGAAAUCAUCCAAACUUUUCAUGGCGUCAGAACCAACCGUCUACAAAUAUAGGUGGGCAACCAUUCCAUUCAAAAAAUCAAUCUCCCCCAGGUUUUCGUCCUCCUACACAGUCAUAUCCUACUCAAUCUCAGCCUUUUUAUGCUCCAACUCCCGUGUCUCAACCGAACUUCCAAUCUGUUGCACCACAGCAACAAUCAUCCUUAGAGGACACCCUUAAAGCAAUCAUGGCUAAAAUUGAAAAAAAUGAUGCUAAAAUGGAAAAUUCAACUCACUUGCAUGCUCAAGCCAUCGCUAAACUUGAAAAUCAAAUGGGUCAAUUAGCUAGUCAACUUGCAGAGAGAGAGAAAGGGAAGUUUCCGAGUCAAACUCUAGUGAAUCCAAAAGGGCAGUUUUCUAUAGGCACCACCUCUACUCCUUCAAACAAGCAACACCAUGUUCAAUCAAUCAUUACCCUUAGAUCCGGGAAAGAAGUUGAUAAUAAAGUUAGUAUGCCAACAGAGGAAUUCGUUGAAGCUGAAAAAGAAGAAAAUCAUGUUGAUCUUACUAAAGUUCAAGAGUCUAUUUCUCCACCACUUGUAAUAGAGCCACCUAUUAGGAACUUUCUCCUAAGAAAGGUGCACAAUUUGGAGACAAUUCUAGAAGUGUUUAAGCAAGUACAAAUCAAUAUUCCAUUUUUAGAUGCCAUUCAACAAGUGCCCUCGUACGCUAAAUUUUUGAAAGAUCUAGUCACUAUAAAAAGGAAGACAAAUGUUCCAAAGAAGGCGUUUUUAACUGAACAGGUUAGCUCCAUUAUCCAAUGCAAAAUUCCAAUAAAAUAUAAAGACCCUGGUUGUCCAACAAUUUCUUGCGUUAUAGGUAACCAUCAUAUCGAUCAGGCUUUGUUAGAUUUGGGGGCGAGUGUCAAUUUAUUACCUUACUCAGUGUACUCACAAUUAGGGUUAGGAGAGUUAAAACCCACUCAAGUAACACUCCAAUUAGCUGAUAGAUCUGUCAAAAUUCCUAGAGGAGUCAUUGAGGAUGUUCUAAUUAAGGUUGACAAAUUCUAUUUUCCUGUGGACUUCAUAGUCCUUGACACUCAGCCUGUCCAAAACUCUAAUGGGCAAAUUCCUGUUAUUUUAGGGCGUCCUUUCUUAGCCACUUCUAAUGCUUUAAUCAAUUGUAGAAAUGGCGUAAUGAAAUUAUCAUUUGGUAAUAUGACUGUCGAGCUAAAUAUUUUUAAUACAAGCAAGCAACCACUAGAUGAAGAUGAGGUUAGUGCAGUUUGUAUGAUAGACACUUUGGUUGGAAGUACUUUUGUUCAGUCAAGUUAUGAGGAUCCCUUAGAAGCUUGCCUAGCACAUUUUGGGUGUGAAUUUGACAUAGAUGAAUCAAUUGAGCAGGUUAAUGCAUUAUUAGACAAUGCCCCGUUAAUGAGCAUCGAUGAAUGGCAACCAAAAGUGAACCCUCUUCCACUCUCUUCAUCACCACCACUUCCAUCUAUAGUGGAGCCACCUAAGUUAGAACUCAAACCAUUGCCAAACACUCUUAAAUACAAAUUCCUUGGCCUUUGUGAGUCCUUACUAGUAAUCAUAGCUUCUGAUUUGGAUGAUACACAAGAAGGAGAGAUACCUUUGCAUUGGCCCAAACAUGAUAAAUCUAAAUUUUUAUCCAAGGUUAAGUACUUCUUCUGGGAUGAUCCAUACUUGUUUAAAUAUUGCCCUGACCAGAUUAUUAGAAGGUGCAUUCCUGAAAGUGAGGCUUACCGUACGGCAUUUAAAACUCCAAUUGGAAUGUCUCCUUACCGACUUGUCUAUGGCAAGGCAUGUCACUUACCUGUAGAACUAGAACACAAGGCAUAUUGGGCUACCAAAAAACUCAAUUUUGAUCUUGACAAGGCAGGCAUUCGCAGAAAGCUUCAACUUCUUGAGCUAGAGGAAAUUCGGGAUGAUGCUUACGACUGUGCCAAAUCGUACAAGGACCGCAAACUUCGUUCUCGAUGGUCCGGUCCUUUUGUCGUUCGCACUAGCUAUCCGCAUGGGGCAGUUGAAAUUGAGAAUCCAAAAGAUGGUUCCAUGUCUAAAGUGAAUGGGCAACGGUUGAAACAGUUUAUGGAAUUAAAAACCCCAGAAGUAGAGGAAAUCCUUUUAGAGGAUCCUGUUUAUCAGGAUUAA